AUGGUGUUUAAGGUGCUGAAGGUGUUCAAGGUGCUGAGGGUGUUUAAGGUGCUGAAGGUGUUUAAGGUGCUGAAGGUGUUUAAGGUACUGAUGGUGUUUAAGGUGUUUAAGGUGCUGAAGGUGUUUAAGGUACUGAUGGUGUUUAAGGUGUUUAAGGUGCUGAAGGUGUUUAAGGUACUGAUGGUGUUUAAGGUGUUUAAGGUGCUGAAGGUGUUUAAGGUACUGAUGGUGUUUAAGGUGUUUAAGGUGCUGAAGGUGUUUAAGGUACUGAUGGUGUUUAAGGUGUUUAAGGUGCUGAAGGUGUUUAAGGUACUGAUGGUGUUUAAGGUGUUUAAGGUGCUGAAGGUGUUUAAGGUACUGAUGGUGUUUAAGGUGUUUAAGGUGCUGAAGGUGUUUAAGGUACUGAUGGUGUUUAAGGUGUUUAAGGUGCUGAAGGUGUUUAAGGUACUGAUGGUGUUUAAGGUGUUUAAGGUGCUGAAGGUGUUUAAGGUACUGAUGGUGUUUAAGGUGUUUAAGGUGCUGAAGGUGUUUAAGGUACUGAUGGUGUUUAAGGUGUUUAAGGUGCUGAAGGUGUUUAAGGUACUGAUGGUGUUUAAGGUGUUUAAGGUGCUGAAGGUGUUUAAGGUACUGAUGGUGUUUAAGGUGUUUAAGGUGCUGAAGGUGUUUAAGGUACUGAUGGUGUUUAAGGUGUUGAAGGUGUUUAAGGUGCUGAAGGUAUUUAAAUUGCUGAUGGUGUUUAAGGUGCUGAAGGUGUUUAAGGUGCUGAAGGUGUUCAAGGUGCUGAGGGUGUUUAAGGUGCUGAGGGUGUUUAAGGUGCUGAAGGUGUUUAAGGUACUGAUGGUGUUUAAGGUGUUGAAGGUGUUUAAGGUGCUGAAGGUAUUUAAAUUGCUGAUGGUGUUUAAGGUGCUGAAGGUGUUCAAGGUGCUGAGGGUGUUUAAGGUGCUGAGGGUGUUUAAGGUGCUGAAGGUGUUUAAGGUACUGAUGGUGUUUAAGGUGUUGAAGGUGUUUAAGGUGCUGAAGGUAUUUAAAUUGCUGAUGGUGUUUAAGGUGCUGAAGGUGUUUAAGGUGCUGAGGGUGUUCAAGGUGCUGAGGGUGUUUAAGGUGCUGAGGGUGUUUAAGGUGCUGAAGGUGUUUAAGUCUUUUUCUGUAGGAAAUGGUGGAUCAACUCUUCAUGCUCUUCGGUGCUUGGAAGAGCAGUAUGGUGAUCAGUGGACUUCCUUCACUGUGCUGCUAAUCCAUUCUGGUGGUCACAGCCAGCGUUUGCCAAGUGCCAGUGCCCUGGGCAAGAUCUUCACGGCGCUGCCCUUGGGCCCCCCGGUGUUGCAGAUGCUGGAGCUGAAGCUGGCCAUGUACUUGGACUUUCCCCGGCACAUGGCACCAGGAGUGCUCGUCACGUGCUCGGAUGACAUCGAGCUGUACAGCACUGCAGCCACAGAAAGCAUCACCUUUGACAAGCCUGGCUUCACUGCCCUGGCUCACCCCUCCGAGCUGGCCGUGGGGACCGCCCACGGCGUGUUCGUGUUGGAGCCCAGCAGCCUCUCGGGAAAGGGGGGGCUGCACUACGGGUCCUGCCGUCGUUUCCUGCACAAGCCCGACCUGCAGACCAUGCGGCAGAGUGGUGCAGUGUGCCUCAGGGGGGCUGGCCCUCAGCCCGGCUGCCCUGGGAGCCCGGGGGGCUCGCAGUGCGUGUACACAGACAGCGUGUUCUACAUGGACCACGGCACUGCCAGGCAGCUGCUGCUCUUCUACAAGCAGAUGGGCAGUCUCUGCUGUGAAAUAGAUGCCUAUGGUGACUUCCUGCAGGCCCUGGGGCCCGGAGCCACUCCAGAUUACACCAGGAACACCAGCAAUGUCUGCAGGGAGGGCUCGGGGCUGGUGGCAGUGCGGCAGCAGCUGUACUCCCUCCUGCGGGGCACCCCCCUCAACGUCAUUGUCCUCACCAACUCCCAGUUCUACCACAUUGGCACUGCUCAGGAGUACCUGCUUCAUCUCACUGCUGAGAGCAAGCUGAGCUUUGAGCUGGGCUUGCAGCCUGUGGCUUUCAGCAUCUUCCCUGGCGCAGGCGCGAGCUCGGAGCGGCUGAGCAUCAUCCAGAGCAUCCUGGAGCCCGGGUGUGUGCUGGGGCCUGGCUCUGUCAUCGAGUACUCCAGAAUUGGGCCUGGGGUCUCUGUGGGGAAGGGCUGCAUUGUCAGUGGGACCUGCAUAAAUUCCAGUGCAGACAUACCCUCCAGCUGCCUCCUGAGUUCAGUGAGUGUGAAAAUCGCUGCUCAGGUGGAGUUUGUCACCAUGGCGUUCGGCGUGGGCGAUGACUUGAAGAAGAGUGUGGAGUCGCUGUCGGAUAUCCACUCCCUCCGGUUUUUUGGAGCCAGCUUACCAGAAUGCCUUGGCCUCUGGAGCAUAGAGGCUUCAGACCAGCUCUUCUCCAGUGAGGACACACAUCUGGGGCUGUGGACUGCCAGGAUUUUCCCUGUCUGUUCCACUCUGAGUGAAUCAGUCAGGAUGUCGCUGAGCAUGCUGAAUGCUGUGCAGCACAAGUCACCUUUCAAACUGAGUGGCUUUCGGCUUUUGUCUGUUGAGGAAAUGCUCAGCUACAAAGAUGUGGAAGACAUGCUGAAGUUUAGGAAGCAAAUUUAUGAUGAAAUCUGCCUACAAAGACAAAAAGAGAAGUCUGAUUAUAGAACGAACAGUACUUGAAUAAAUCUCUUGUUUUCAUUUGUGGAUGAUUGAUUAUUUCCCAGCUUGUAAGAAUCCUAAGGGAAAAGUACACAGAUCUCUGAUCUCAUUGAAGUAGAAAUGAAGAAAUUGCAUAACAUUAAUAAAGCAGCAAAUGCAGAUAAACUGUUCUUUUGAUUAAUGUAGGGAAAUAUUUUAGAUCUGAAAACACUAAUUGGCGACUUUUUGUGGGUUACAUGUCAUGUCUUACAGUCUUUGUCAGGAUAUGAUACAGAAAAAAUUGUCUAUUUGGCUGAAAACUGCUUUAAAAGCUUUUAAAGGGUAGAAUAUUAGUUCCAGCAACAUGGAAUAAUGCAACUUAGGUUUCUCUCUUUUC